AUGGUUAUUCUCCCGCGCAAAGCUCCAGUUAAAAUGAGGCCUGGAUACUGGAUGGAUAUGAUCAGCAAACCAUCACAGCCAGUGAAGCCGGAGUUUGAAGAGUCUACCAAGCGUAGUUACCUUGGAAGUUACGAACAAGAAUUUCGAGAAGUACUCCUACCUGAUCCUAAUUUCUUCAUGGGAAGUUUGCUCAUUAUUACCAGGUUUGUGCAAUGCCUGCAACCGGCCGAUCCACGUUACUGGUUUGAGAAUUUGACCAUGAAUGUUAUCGAAUACUAUCUACGCUGGUAUCUCGAAGGCCACGAUGUUCGAUCUUUGCUGGGCUUUCAGGUCAAAGUUCGAUACUGUUUGAAGGUCUUUUACAUAACAAACCGGCAGAGAAGCCAACAUGCAACACUGCAGAAGAUGAUGACUGCUACCAGUGCACAUCCUGGGACCCUUGUUUGUAACACUGGUUACUGCAGAAAGGAAAAGGAUGCACUUCGCUGGGGAGAUAUCGAGCUCUUCAUGGUUAUGGAUCCCGAACGCCCUACCUGCAAGGUUCUUCUCAUGCACGUAAAGCACCGACUCAACAAGGGCAAGAGGAACAAUGGCAGAGCUCCGAGGUAUAUCUAUAUCGAGCGGAAUGACAAUCUGGGACUCUAUGUGAUCCAAGACAUCCUAGAGUAUGUGUUAGAGGACCAAGUCUUUGCCAGUGAAUUUAUUCAAGAGCCCCGAGACAUCUGGUGCUACACCGAUAUACCAGCGCAUCGGAAGAGUGUUCCCAUUCAUAUCAAGGCGGAAAAGCAUCAUAUACCAAUAUUUCGACGUGCGGCUCGAAAUGGAAAAGGGAAGUGGAUUACACAUCCCACAGGGCCUCUGACAUAUGCACAACUCGCAGAAGAUCAUCAUCGAGAGUGUAGAGCUGCAGGCGCUAAAGAUACAGACUUGACCCCAGGGCUACGUACUCAGAUCAUGGGCCAGGCUAAAAGCAGCAUUUUCAUGGUAUACCUCAAUGAGUUGGUGAACUGUGACACCCAGUCUGUUUUUGUGGGAACCCCAACCAGAGACACCCUGAUUGCGCUUUCUACCAACUCCAGCCUCACUUGUGAUCCAUCUGCGCCACGGAGCCUGACUCGCGAACAACUGCAAUGUGUCGAGAAUGAUCCAGAGUUAAUGAACAAGGUGACAGACCCGGCCAAAUGUGACAGAUAUCGACAACUUGGCAAUCAGGUUCGAGCUGAACGCAGGAAGCUCCAGAGUCAGGUCGAUAAAGAGGCAUACAAACAAUUUUUCGACAAUGUGGGUAAUGCUAUCAUUGAGACUCUGGCCGCCCUUGAGUUUAAGAACCGAGAUGUCAGCAUCGUUUUUGAUGAGGAGUGUGUGGAAGAUCGCAUCCUGUCUCUUGAGCUUCGUCUCGCUCUGAACCGCCUCACCGUGCGCAGGCACAUGGCCCGGAGAGUUAAACCGGAGGUCCCAGCCCAAGAUACUUUGUCUGACUUCCCAACUCAGGCUCCUACUAGUUUAGAGGGCCCUGAGUGCCUGGGUGACGACAGGUAUCCCGAAGCACGAGAGUUCAGCUAUUGCAACAUGUAUCUCCUGCGAGACCACCUGGAGACGCAGCAUGUGGAACGGAUGGACUUUUCCGAACCGGUCACCUGCGGCUAUCCAAAUUGCGUAGCACUUUUGGCUACUCCAAUGCAGUAUUGCCACCAUGUUACGACGGGAAUUGAAGCGGAGAGCGUUAAGUUUGAACUUACACUCGAGAGCACAGUAAAAGGCAUUGUACUCCGUGAUGCUUCUUCCAUGGUAGUAUUAGGGAUUUCCAAAUUUAGUGUCACCAAUGCCGUCAUUGACGAAGUCAUGAAGUGGCCUAGGAGGCGGCAUCACGAGGGGUUCAAGCGGGUAGGCCCGCUGCAUAGGUUGCCCGUAACAUUCGGGGUAGGCUUCAACAGGUUGAGGGUACCCAGGGUAUGCGGGCUGGGGUCCCGGCGGCAGAGCGCUGUGGGUAAGGAGCGUGUUUAUCUACAUGGUGGAAUCCCCUGA